AGUUGCGGUGAGAUUAACCCCGAGGACGGCGUAAACAAACAAAAGAGCUGACCUGUCGUAUUUAAUCUUAUUUUGGACUCUGUAUUAAUUCUUUCUGCAAAGAUGUCGAAAUCUGACAUUGCAAGGCAAUUUGACCUGCCUGAGAGACAAAGUAAGCUGAACACCAUGUUGCGGGAAGAAGGUCUGAAAGAUGAACAAGUAUACUGUGUGUGCCGCACAUCUGAUGUGUCCAGAUUUAUGAUCGGCUGUGACAAAUGUGAGGAGUGGUACCAUGGUGACUGUAUCAACGUUACAGAGAGUGAAGCCAACAAAAUUAAGAAGUUUUUUUGUGAAAAGUGUAGACUAAAAGAGCCUUCUCUUGAGAUUAAGUACAAGCAGAAGAAGACUCACCACCAUCAUCAUCACGAUGACAAUAAGUAUCAUAGAGAUAAGGAGAGGAAAGACAAAGAAAGGAAGGACAGGGAGAAGAAAGAUAAGGAGAGAAAAGACCUGGAAAGACGAGAUAAAGAUAAGCACAAACACGACAGACACUCUGCCCCAAAGAGUAAAAACAGCAGUACUAAGAAUAGCAGUAGUCAUCGCUGUGGUGCUUGUGAGGCCUGCUACCAGAGGGAAGAUUGUGGACGCUGUGAAAAUUGUAAGGACAUGCCCAAAUUUGGUGGGCCACAUAAACUCCGUCAGAAGUGUAAAAAGAGACAGUGUCAUAAUUUUGUUCAGCUUGCUCAGAAGCUAAAUAAAAACAGCAGUAGCACAAGUAGUAGGAAACACAGAGACUAUGAAAAGGAGAAGUUAACGAAACCACCACAACCAUUGCCAGCAAUUACUGCAGAGUCUGGUGAUGAUUAUAUGACUGUUUUAAAAGAUAAGAAUGAGUUAAGUGAUGAUGACUUAUGGGAACCAGGAAAGAAGCAGGGAAAAGAUAAUUCACACAGUGAUAGGAAGACUAAAGACAAGGAACCUACUCCACAUAGUCGUAAGAGAAAAGAACAGAUUAAUGUAAGCAGAAAUAAGAGAAGACGCCAUGAACCAGAUUCAUCAGACUCAGACUCAGAUGCAGGUUGGCUAAAGGGAGAAGCUGCUGCAGUGAGGCAGUGCUUUGGUCCUCAGUGUAUAAAAGCAGCCCGGCCAAACAGCAAGUACUGUAGUGAUGAAUGUGGAUUAAAAUUAGCAGAAGCAAGGAUUUAUUCAGUAUUACCACAACGUAUUCAGGAGUGGAAGAUGAUGGAGUGUGUAGCUGAAACCCGUGAUAUCAGGCAACUUGAAAAAAUUAGAAAGCAGCAGUUGGAGGCUCGGGAAGUACUUCAGCAGCUUGAUCAGAGACAUUUGGAUAUUGACAAAUUGCUUGAGCGAGGAAAAAAUGCAAAGAUCGACCCUAAUGCUGAUGAUGGCGGCGAUGAUGAUAGUGGAGACAGUGCAUUUAUUUAUUGUGUCACCUGUGGCCAUGAAGUGCCUGCCAGAAGAGCAAUACGUCACUUGGAAAACUGCUUCAACAAAUUGGAGAGUCAAACAACAUUUGGAUCCAUGUACAAGACACGCAUUGAAGGCAACAACAUGUUUUGUGACUUCUAUAACCCCAGUAGCCUUACCUACUGUAAAAGAUUACGUGUAAUGUGUCCUGAACAUACUAAAGCUCCUUUAGUGUCAGAUGUAGAGGUAUGUGGAGCACCACUUACAAAAAAUGUUUUUGAAGAAACUGGCGACAUCUGUUUAGCACCAAAAAAGAAGUGCCUAAAACACUAUUGCUGGGAGAAAAUGCGAAGAGCUGAGAUAGAUAUGGAGAGAGUCAGACAGUGGCUGAAACUUGAUGAGCUUUUGGAGCAAGAACGUCUGGUGCGUCAGGCCAUGACGAAUCGUGCAGGAGUCCUUGGGCUCAUGCUGCACUCGACUUAUGACCACGCAUUGGCUGAGAAGCUUCAGCAGUCCCAACAGUAUCAUCAGAAUGACCACCAAUAUCAUUCUGGCCAUAAGUACCAGCGCAGCACCAACACUGCCAGCCAAAACACGAAAUCAACCACGCAUAGUAAGUCAUCCAGUGCAACUAAUCACAAGUCAUCCCAACAGCAUCGGCCAGUGACUUCUCAACAGUAUAAAGCAAGUGACCACCACUAUCAAAAUGAUACUCAUCACAAUGACCAUCAGUACCAUAAUAGUGAACGUAAGCACCAACACACAGACCAUCAAUACCAUUCUAGCCGGGAGAGAAAAUACCAUGAUGAUCAUCGCUAUCACAGUGAUCAUCAGUAUUAUUCUAUUAAAAAGCAAAAGUAGAUGGUAAACGUGGUGUCUCCGUUUAUUCCAAGGAUAAAAUGAAUACUGAGAUAAGUAUAAUUUAAUGUCUUCCUCAGUGAGUAACAAAAAAGUGAUGAAUGCUUUUUUUUACAUUCAGUACCAGAAAGUUUAAAACUCUCAGUACCUGUUUUCAUUUAAGGAGCCAGAUGUUUAGUUGGUAUCAUAUUUCAUUGCCUUGAUCUUCAGAGCCUGUUUCAUCCAUCUCAUAAUUAUUGUUUUAUGUGAAUAUGUUGAUAUGUUCAGGUGUAUAUAUACCUAUUUAAAUUCCUUGUAUUCCAGGCAAGUUGAAUUCAAAGAUUUUUUCCUAAUUACAUUUCAGUAUAACCUCACAUUCAUUUGCUUCUGAAUUAAAUUUUGGUUUCAUAAAGGUGUUCAUCUAGUUUAUGAACAAAGAAAUGGAAUAUUAGAAAUGGAAUAAACUUGCCAGUUUUGCAUUAGUCAUUUUCAACAAAAGAAUUGGUAGACUUGUCCUAGAAACAAACGUGAUACUGAAGGAUAAAUUGUAAUGAGAUAUUAGUAGACAAUAAUGACUAAGUAUUUCCUUGAGAAAUAUAAAAUUGAGACAGUAUUUGAGCAUGCAAUGUUUUGAAUUUCAGUGUAUAUAAAUUAAGUCAACCAAAUAGAUAAGACCUGCUUUAUCUUCAAGAUGGAUAGAAGUAUUAAAGGAUCAUAUUUCAAAUGUAAAUAGUAUUGUUUUAUAUAUUAAUUAUUAUAUGUCAAUAUGAAUUUUGUAUAUGUGAUUGACAUUUUCUUUGUAAAAAUGCAGGAAGUACAACCAAUGCUGCCAUUUUAAUUGUCUAAUUGAUGUGUUUGUGCAGUAUUUAUUAUGUAUCUGAUAUUUUAUCAGAAUUGAUUUGUUUAUACUGUGUAUAAUUGAAUUAUGUGUAUUUUAUAUCACUAUAAUAAAACUGUAACACAU